GAACGUUGCUGCUGUUUCGGUUAAGAAAAAACGCUGCCAUUCCAACGCAUUAGAUAAUCUUCGCGGAAUUGGCUCUCUGGUGAAUCCUUUCGUUUAGAUCUUCAUGAAAUGCUCUUGGGCAUUGCGAAGUCAAGUCGAUCAUAUUCGUCCACUCACAUCUUGAUUAACAUUACAGUGACUUAGAUCAUUCGAUCGGUUAUUGUGAAAGGAAAGGCAAUCGAAAGAAGCUCUCUUCCUUUUUACUGGAGUGACUUCAUUUGAGCAAUGUUGCCGAGUGCGAUCACAGGACAUGUGUUUGUAGUACUGGUCGUCCCUCCUUCGUGUGAUGUGUUGUACUCGGCCCUUGCUGAUUUUGUGGAUAUUUUAAGGACCUGGUGAGGAAUGUGGUAGACUUGAGGAUGAACCUACGUUACCGUGUGAGCCGUCGCCAACGCAGCAGCCCUGCUAGUAGCAACAACAGCAACAGCGGUGGUGGUGGCGGUGGAGUUAGCAGCAGUGGUAGUAAGACCCACCACCGACGUACGCCCCUCUCUCCUGCUCCCCGAGCACUUUCCCCAUCACAGCUUCUCAAAUCUCAUCCCGUGAAAGCACCCAGGUCUCACAGGGCAAUCAAGAGAGCUGGUGGUGAUGCCUUUGAGGAACAGAAUGAGAAUUAUGUGCUCUCUCCAGCUCAGUACAACAGUGUGGUGAAUGUCUCUAUUGCUCAUCACACACCUCUUCGCACACGACGUUUCUCCAGUCAGACUCCUGUCAUUGAUUCUGAUAACAACAUUAUCUCACCCAAACUGCUCAAACCACGACCUCUUAGAGUUAGCAAGAGGCACAACCAGGCACCAUCAGACUGUCGACGCCGUUCUCCAAAGAAGUCACAUAGUCGGCGUCCUCAUAUUGUGCAUGCAUCUGAAACCACAAAGAUGUUGAAAGAAGUACAAGAAAUUAAGGCAUCAGCCAUGAAUACGUCUCUCUUUUCCCCUGUCUAUUCUGUGGACUCGUCACCUUCACUAUCUCCAUCACUGUCUGAUCCCAUGGGUGAACGUGAGUAUGCAAGAGACAUCAUAGAGGAAGGGUAUCCUGUGAAGAAGGACCAAGAAGAUCUAGAUGAUGUCGAAGAUGAAGAUAGUAACACCCAUGGAAGUAUUUGUCCGGAAAUAAGCUCUCACACUUCUGAUCUCAACCAUUUGACCACACGCAUUCAGCUAGACAUUCCACAUAUAUUAGAAUCUCCUAACCCUGAUUCACAAGGUUUAGAACCAGAGGAAGCUGAAAUGAUGAUUUCCCAAGUAUCACAGUGCUCGGUUCAAGAGAACAAGGAAAAUUAUGAGAGUGGAGGAACAUAUGAAACUUCAUGUGAUGAAGGUUAUGAGGAGUGGGAAACUUUCGACCCCUACUUUUUCAUCAAACAUCUUCCACCCUUAACCCCUGAGAUGAGAGCACGAAAUCCUGCUCUGCCGCUCAAGACUCGCAGUUCUCCAGAGUUCACUCUUGUUCUUGACUUGGAUGAAACAUUGGUCCACUGCAGCCUUCAGGAACUUGAAGAUGCCACUCUCAGUUUCCCUGUUGUGUUUCAAGAUGUCAACUAUCAGGUGUUUGUGAGAACUCGGCCUUACUUCCGUGAAUUUCUGGAGCAGGUAUCACAGUUGUACGAGGUCAUAUUGUUUACAGCAAGUAAGAAGGUGUAUGCUGACAAACUAAUGAACUUAUUAGAUCCACAGCGUAAAUGGAUCAAGUACCGACUUUUCCGCGAACACUGUGUUUGUGUCCAGGGAAACUAUGUAAAAGAUCUGACCAUUUUGGGUAGAGAUCUGUCAAAGACUAUUAUUGUCGACAACUCCCCACAAGCCUUUGGAUAUCAGAUUAACAAUGGCAUACCAAUUGAAAGCUGGUUUGUUGAUAAGGAUGAUAGAGAACUAGAGAAGCUCUUGCCAUUUCUGGAGUCUCUGGUUGAUAAGGAUGACGUACGGCCCUUCAUUAGGGAGAAGUACAAAUUGGAGACCUACUUGCCACCUGACUAAACUAGUUGACUUGAGAAGGAAGCCUAAUCGUAACAGGAGCAGUAAUGACUUACUUUUAAGGGACAUUGCCUUUUUCAGGAAUUCAGAUAUGUGUCAGAAGUGCCUCAUUCUGAGUUUGUGACAUAAAAGUAACAUUUGUACAAUACUAUAUUCUAAUGACCUGAAAUUGAUGUUGAGCUAAAUGCUUUAGGAACCUUUUAAAUAUAUAAGCCAAGAUGUCAAAGUGCAAGAUUUGAUCUCCACAUAAAAGCCUUAGCAUACUUUCUUGUUUCUCUGGUUCAAAGUAUUGGAAAUAGACAGUCUCACAUAUUGUUACUCUUUCUUUUGCUCGAGUCAUAGAAGAGAACAGUGCAUGGCAGUGCUAAUGCAAUUUAAAGCACGGUAACUGUGGCCUUCACUUUCCUGAUUCCAAAAGAAGUGAAGAAAACAAACUUAAUUUUGAUUGGUUAAUUUAUGUUUUUUAUGGAUAUCUAUGGAGAUGUGAAGUGAAAUAAGCUUCUGAUGAUGUUAUCAAGUGCUCCUGUUGAACGAUGUAAUUACCAUUGAAGAACAGUGGUGGUUUAGGAUAUUCCCCUUCCUCAAAAAGACCCGUUCAGCUUGAGGGGCUUUGCACUCACAGGAUUCUUUUUACAUUAUAUAUUUUAUAUUUUAUUCUAUGCAUUUGGAAUGUAGAAGGUGAAUAUUAAGUGAUUUAAUGUAAAGCUGGUUAGAAGACAAACAUAUGCAAGAUAAGAUUAAUCAGAUUGUGUGAUUGUUCUUUAUACAUUUUUGUUUCAAACUUUCUGGCAUAUUCAAGCAUAUAAAGUGUUGAAGAUGAUUUGCAGUGUGUACUAACUGAUCCAUCAAAGCAGCAGAAGCAGUAGCAUUGCCCAGUAGUGUCUGUCACAUGCAAGUGAAGGAUGGAUAAUGUUACAGAUUCCAUUCCACACUCUGUAAAGUGUCCAGAGUUCCAAUGGUAGUUGAACAUUAGUGGAAUAACAUGAAUGAACUCUAAGUUCAGUGCUAGGUAUUUUAAAAUAAAAUAUGGAUUUAUUUUGAAUUACACAAGAUGUCAGCACCAGAAUUUCUUCAGCAUUUAUCUGUUGAUGCCAGGAUAUAUUUUUGUAAUGAUUCAGAAGAAAUGUAAAAUGUUUAUAGAGGUAAAGGAUUGAUGUACGAUUGUUGUAGAUGAUACGUUGAUAUAUUAAAAAAAGAAUUUAAUUCAGGACAUGCGUAAACAGUGAAAAUUCCAUCUUUGAUUUACAAAUUUUAUCAUUGUGGUUUCAUAUGGCUGCUUGUUUUGAAAGGGGGAGAAAGAGUGGCAAUGUAAGAAUGUGAAAUUGGUACUCAAAGCAUUUUCACUUUUGGUUCUUAAUGAAAGUGCUAUUAUCAAGGCUGUUGUAUAAGUUGUUACAUUAGAAUGUGUGCCAUACUGUUGUUUUCUGCAUAGGUGAUGAAGCUUAUCCAGUUUGGUAUUGACCCUGUAUGCUGUUAUGUGGUUUCCAGAAAACUGAAGGAUGAUAUAAAUUUAUUAUCUUUCAGCAGUCACACUUCCAAGUCAGUUCACCAAGUGACCUCUUUAUUUCACAAAGAACUGUUGUGUGAAAUAUUUUUAAGACCUUGAAAGUUUUGGGUUGAAGAAUGGCCAGGGAUGCUAAAAAGUUGGCAAACAAGCCAGAUAAGAAAACAUUCUUCAAAUGAAAAGAAUAUUAAUGUGCCGAUGUAAAAAUGAGUAUGAUUAUUAUGGAAGAACUAAUGCUAGUAAUUUUUCAGUUUCUUUGUAUAUAUGUUGAGUAUGGAAGAUAGAUUGUGAUGGCAGUCAGUACCUGAGGAAUGCUUGAUGUUUUCCUUGGUGGGCAAUCCUCUUUUCUUUCAACUGCAUAAUAAAUGAAAUGGUUGGAAAGUAUAUUUGUCUUUUUGAAGAAAAUAUUCAUUCUUUCAUUUUUUAACGUAUUUCAAUUAAUAUGCUAUUUUGGUGGGAAUAAAGAGGGACUCAUUUAGUUGUGUGAGAGAAGUGUUUAUUUGGCAAACCAAAAAUUUUAACAACAGUGAAAUUUUUUUUAUUUUGAAGGUGGAAGUUUUGGUUCUAUUCUGUGAAUCUAAAUGAUUGUGAACCAUCAGGAUUUCUUGCCCUCUGGAAUAUAAAACAAGUGAUAGGUCAUUGUUGUUACAGUGUAUUGUAUUCCAUCAAUUACAUUUGUGCCCUACGCAAAUCUGUUUAUGAGCUGGCGAUGCAUCAAGACCAUUGGAAUUACUAUUUUCAUUGUGGACUGAAUGGUCAGUCAUAAAGUUUAUUUGAGGUAUCACAAUAUUGCUCAUGUAGGCAUCAAGAGAUAGUGCUAAUUAUGUCUUCAGUAUGACUGAAUCAGAUAUAAACUAUCAUAUUGCAUCAUGAAUUCCACUUGAAUGUCUCUAAAUUUCCCACAGCUAUCUAUUAUAAUGAAUGACAACUUUUGUGGAAUGAAGCAGAUGAUAAUUUUAAAGCGGAUUAAUUUCACAAGAGUUAUGGUAGAAAUUAGUACAAAAAGGGGGAAAUUAGUGGUACAGUGUACUGUUUAAAGCACUGUUUUUACAGUUAAACACUUUUAUUAAUAUUUUUUUUUUUGCAAAACCGUUCAUCAUAAAAUAGUCUUACACUGUACGGAAUGCAUCCAGUCACCAAAGCAAAACAUUCAGGAAGCGAAAAAUCCACUGUACAUGCUUGGCCAACUCCCCCAUGUCUACAGGAAGCUACCACUUCUCAAUUAGUUGUGCCAGAUUCCAUUCAAUAGGGAGGGGAAGGUUAUGAGGGCAUUAGAUUUUUUGAUGAAUGGAUUUGUUUAAAAAAUUGGGUUUAUUGUAAAAACAGUUUGUUUAUGUAAAACUAUUAAUAAUUAAAUAACCUGAAUUUCUAUUAAGGGGAGACGAUGAUGUAGAUGGUCUAGUAGGAUGAGCUCGUAGAAGUUCCUUUCCAAACCCAGGAUGGGGAGAUGGGGUAACCAAGCCCAAAGGAGUGCUUUAUGAGAAAAGGCUGUUAAUGAAAGAAUUCCAAAGACAAUGGGUGAUUUUAUAAGUCAUGGGUAUUAUAAUGAAAGGAUGAAAGGAAAAUCCUAAUGAUACACUUGCAAAGCACCAGAGUUGGAGAUAUGAUUACUCUAGAAAUUCAGGUCUGGAAGUCACAUUUUAACAACUGCUCCAUGUGAACCAAUUCCCAGUCCUGCAACAACAAUAAAACUUAUUAUAUGAAUAUGCAAGCUUCAGUUGACAGAAUAACAAGUACUGUAUACAAAUACUAUUUGAAGGAAAUUUUGCCAUGAUCCUUAAUAUUUUUUGUCUUCAGUUGUAAAGGUUUUGGAAAGUUUACAACUGUGAUAGAUGAGAUGUCAGUAAUGGAAAUCAGUUUUACAAGAUAACCUUGUCUGGCCAGCCCUGUGAGGGUUUAUAAAGAGAACAGUACUAUACUCAAACAUUGGUGGCUGUUUUAAGCUUUGCGCAAGCCAAUUCCAGAGUGAGGAAAAUGUAGCAAUGAUGUUAAUGACAAAGUGUGAUUUGGCUGUCCUAAAUCAAGAAUGUUAUUUCCAUAAAGAGGCUGCCAAAGUAACUUUUCCAAUGACAUUACUUGGAUUUCGCUUACCAUUUGAUAGUAUUUGUAUCCCAUAAUGUCAUCUAAAUUCAUAAAGAUAAUUAUCCAGCCAAACAUCUUCAUUUAUCCUAAGGUUAUUCUGUUUGCAUUAAGGAUCAUAGGUUAACAGCAUUGCUAUCACACUGGGGUAAAUGAGUCUUGAAAUAAUUUCCUUUCUCAAUAUGGAAAGAUUAUAUCGGUUAUUUCUGUAAAUGAUGUCCGUUACUUGAGUUAGUUCUCUAGUUAAACUUUUGUAAUUAAUUUGGGUUUUUGCAAAGAAAAUUUAAUAAUACCUUUUUGACAUAUGGGAUAUGCAGCCAAGUUAAGCUGUGAUUCUUGAAUUAGAAGUGUAAAUCAUGAAUUACAAGUACAAGAAUGUGAUUCUUGGCUCAUUUACAAUAUGAAUGUCACUUUUCACUCAUUAACUAAUAUGAAGAGUCUUCUAAAUUCAGUUUCAGACUCUCUUGUUUGACCUGUAGGAGUAUCAUUCUGUUAAUUCAGCAUACUGUAUAACAUCUGAAAGUUGACUGAGGAAGAUAUUGCUCUGUAGCAAAGAAAAGGAAUGGCACCAAGUAUUAAACAUAUGACUGUUUUUACAAAAAUCUAUAAAACUAAGGUUUUGCUAUACUUUCCACCCAUUCCAUUUAUUUAAGAUGUGUGAGACUGGAAGUGUGUGAAUACUGUUGUACCUUUGAACUGAGACGCAAGCGAACAAGGUUCUUUUUGAGUUUUGGUGAUCUGGUAGUAAGUACUGGACUUGUAAAUAGUAAUACAUAUAUACCGUAAAAUGCUUUAUAUAUCUAUAGUAAUGGGUACAAUAGUGUUUUUAUUGAUAUGUCAGUGAUGUAACAAUUGAUAUCAAUAGGAUUUUAACCUUUAAGUUUCCUGAAUUAAUCAAUGAUUAAUUUUGUGUGUAAAUGACUGCACCUAGUUGUAAAAUACUCCAUGAAUAAAAAUGGAAUCUUGUUCAAGUAAGUGGUAUAGAGAUCAGUUUAGGUAGCUUGGUGCAGAUACUCAAAGAGUUACAAAUACAGUGCAUCAUCAGAUGAUAGCAAUAACAGUAAUUUGGCUACCAGUUUCUUUGUGUAGUACAGUCAGUGAUAGAAUGAUGCAGAAUCGUGCUCUGCUGUUUGGAAGAACCAGCAAAGAGAUUAUUGCAAUUCAAGGGGAAAGGCAGUGCCACAAGUGCAUUUUCUAGCAACCUUUAGGGUCCUGUUACUAGAGUUUGCACCAAGUUCCUAAUAUUUGUGACCCAAUAAAAGAUGCAUAUCUGCCACCAGUACUGGCAACUUGGUGCAUUUCAGUGGAAAGAUUCUAAAGAGGCCAAAGAACAGACUUGUAUGACACUCCUUAAGGUGCUCUUUGUGUCAGAUGGUUAUACUAAUGAGAAUUCUGCAGAUAAAAUUGAAAUGUAAGCCUUCUUUUGUGUUUAUCCCUUAAUUUAUGUAAAUAUUUUUUUAGAGAAAUUCCUAUUGCUAGCUUUAAUUUUUAUAUGUAUGUGUAUAUAUAUUAUAUACAGUAUAUGAAUAUAAUUUAGAUUGUAAAAUAGUCAUCUGUUAAACUUGUGCGCACAUUUCUGGCAUUCAGUUAACAUUUAUAAGUACAGGUAGAGUAGACAAGUUUUUUCUAACAAUAUUAAGGUUUUUUCCUCUGGUAAAAUUUCAAAUGAUAUUAUUUCAUUGUUGCUGUUGUUGUUACUGCUAUUAUUAUUACUGUUAGCAGUAUAGAAAAAAAGCUUAUAAUUAUCAUCAUUAUUUUUAUGAUUUUCUAGUAUGUAUUAUUAUUACUGAACCCAAAAUUAGAUUUUGUAAUAUAAUAAUAAUUAUAUGAAGUGUACAACUGACUGACAACUGAUAUUUUCUUCCUCCCCCUUCCCUUUGGUGUGAUGUUAUUUGUUUGUAUGUUUCAAGACAGAAGAGCAGCUGCAUUUCAAAACCUGUUUUUAUAUGCUCUAUGUUUCAGAUUAGCGCACAUGUUUUGGUUUGAGAAUAUUCAAAUACAAAUGAGUUUUACUUGUCAUACCCAGUGCUUGGUAACGAAGGAAACACAAGUCAGAUUUAUUGGUUUACUUAAUUUCAUUAGGUUCAUAAAAUGAUAAAUGCCUUCCUAAAUACUGUAUAUUUAUUUUCUGUGGCAUUAGAAUAAAAAAAAACUAUAUUUAAUGCACAAGGGCAGUACUACUUAUUUUUUGUAUUCUGUAUUGUACAGUGUUCUUACCUGUAUAUAAGUUUUGAUGAAGGUAGAAACUUUAUAUAAUUUUAUUUUUUAAUUUAGAAGAUGCUUUGAUGGUUUACAUUGGCAAAAGAGUGUACAGUAGUCGUAUAUUGAUAUUCUGUUGCUUUAAGCAGCUGUGAACUUUGUGCUAUUUCUAAAGGGAUGAUGGCCUUAUAUAUUUAAUGUAGAUAAUGGCCUGAUAUUUCAUACAAACUUCAUUGAACCACUGUACUGUAUUCUAAGUGAAAUAAGUAACUUUUAGCAAAAUAUUUAUGAAAGAUCCUAAGUUUUAUGUCUUGUUCAUUAUUAGAAAUUUGAAAUAAACCAGAUCAUUCUGGCAUCUGGCAAAUUAAUGUUAAGUUGAAAAGCCCUGUGUAGGUUCUAAAUUCAUUUGUUUCCCUAUGUUUAUGCCUGGCACCAAAUAGGGAUGAAUAUUUGUGACAAAGCAACUCAUUAAGGAAAUGCUAGAGAGGUAUAAGAAUGGUAUCUGUCCGCUUUGCUGAUUUGUUCCUUUCUCUCUCUUUCUCUCUCCAUAAAUAUUUUGAAAGUAUACUGGUAUGCAUUAAUGUGCUGUAAUUCUUUUGGUAGUGAUGCUGAGAAUUUUAAUUGACCUAUACUUUAUAACAAACUAACUAAAUACUACUUUUGGAUUUUAAUCAUGUACAAGAAAAUUAUAUUGGAACUUCAAGAUGGUCUGUCAGGGUUAAACUAGAGUUCAUAAACCAUAACCACCUGAAUAGAGUAAUUUAUGCGGUUUGCUGGUGCUCCCUGUUACAAUAUCUACCAUGUGCUCUAUUACCAAUACAUACUAGUGACAUCACAAUCCUUGCUGAUCUCAUUAACUUAUAUGGCUAGUUAAUUUUAAUCUUUGAAAUUCCUCAGUAACAAUAUUUGCUGAAAAUAUAAACUGAUUAGUUUACAAUGUAAAGCAUAGAUGAAUAGCAAGGCUAGCCAAUUACAUAAUCCAAACCAAUUCCCACAAAAGCUAGACUGUUUCGGAUGAGAGAUGGUGCUUAUAUUUUGCCAAUAUGGAAGUUGGAAUUUUUAAAUUUUUGUGCUUGAAAUAUUUAACGUUGCUUUUACCUUCUGAAAGGUAGUUUUAGUGAUGAUUUAAUCUGAUGUAGAUUAGUUGGGUUCAGAAGUAUUUAGACCUGUUUGUGCGGGGAUGUCUGGCACACUGCUUUGGUUAUGAAACUGUUACAGAUUUUCUGGCACACUGCUUUGGUUAUGAAACGGUUACAGAUUUUCCUCAUUCUAACUGUGCAGCGCACUUUCAUAACUGUUGGGUUGAAUUAUGCCCAGCAGUAUAUGAAAAGAAAAAUGCAUACCAGAGAAUUAUAUGAGUUUUCUCUCACUAAUCUCUCUAUGAACUACUACUGUGCACCCAGUAACAACAUAGGUUUGGUAAUUUAUGUUGUGGCAAAGCUAUUUUGUGUAUGUCAAAGUAAAAUUGAUUUUUAAUAUUUAACACAUUUUUAACAGACUAUGUAAUUGCUCUUUUUAUUGUAACGAGGUGAUGUUUCCAAUUUUAAUACUUGAUUUACCUUUGGUUUCAUUUUUUUACUCUAACAUGUUAUUUAUGAGUCUAGCUUUAUACCAAUUUCAGUAUCCUUAUAUUGAUUUUAUUGUACAUCCAGUAUAGUGCGGCUAGUUACUGCAACACUCUCUCUCUCUCUCUCUCUCUCUCUCUCCUGUAGUAAAAUUUUUAAUAUUGCCACUUUGUUUUUGCUCAUGAGUAUGCAGUUUAUAAUCUCUCCACCACUGCUAACUUGUAAUUCUUCUUUAGAGAUUUUUAGGAGUGCCAUAAUGAAAAUUCAGAUGGCUUUUGACUGUUUAUUGCAUAGACUUAGCUGUAUUAUCUGUUGUUUCCUUAAAGUACAUUAAAUCAUUAUGCAAUGCAUGAUUUCUUUUAUUUGCAUAAAGAGUUAAGGACAAGUGUUGAGGUCUCCAUUUAUGACAUUGCCCCAUUUUCACGGUUGUAAAUUUACCCCAUUAAAUUUUUUUUCUUUGUGCUACCAACUGUAUAUUAUCUUGGUACAGUAUAAUUGUAGGUAAUGAACUGAUAGGUGCAUAUUUGUCUUUUAUUAUGCAAUCUCUUGUAAAGCUGCCAGAGCCCCUUGGGUAUAUAGUUCUACUUGAUGCCCGGUUUCUGUAAAUUGUACCAUUUUGUAAACUUUCAUGUUAGUGAAUAAGGUUUUUGUUUUUAUAGUUUAAUUGAAAAAAUUAGUAAAGUAAUUUUUGAGUUGAUAAAUGUUUUAUUGUGUAUCAUACACAGAUUUCUGGCAUAUAUCCAGCUGCACUGUCAUGUAUAUAUGUACCAUCAUACACUGUGUAUGAGGGGUAGAUAAAGUACAAAUUUAUUUUGAAGCCCAGAUUUACAUUUGCUGUGCUGAUGACCCAUAUCAUAAAUCUUGAACGGUAGAAUUUGUAGUCCAAUUUUGUGUAUUAGAUGAUCUCAUAUCUCAUGCCAUUGCCGUAAAAUAUCCAUAUGGGAACACUUUGUACGCAUUUGUAAUUCUUUGGACUGUUGCUGUAUUAUAAAAAUUAUUACUACAUGACAAAAAAUAAAUGUUACAUCUGGUCAUAGUACAUAUGUCGAAUUUUGGAUUGUGUCUGUACUAUAUUUCAUCCCCCAUGUACUUGCCUCCAUAGGCCCUGUACAUCAUUAAGAUAAUGUACAUCACUUUA